AUGUCAUCCUCAUCACUCAAGUUUAAUAUUGCUACUUUGCGAUCACUGUCAGCACUUGCUUCCUGCCCUGAUGAUUCUUCUCGCUCCAAUAACGAAUACAAUGAGGGAGCACCUCGUGGUAUAUGUGACCUAUACGAAAUUCUCGAAGCUGUAAAUUCAAUUCCCGGAGUCCAUGAACCAACUAACACCGAGGCAAGCCUUGUGCUGGAUCUUGCAAGAGCCAAGCGCGAUGUCUUCCUCGCUCAGAAAGAGCUUGCAGACUGCGUGAUACGGGAAAAUGAGGUGUUUGCGAGCCUGCUCAGAGUCCGUGCAGCAGCAGCCGAGAAGAUGAUAGAUCAGACAGAUAUUGGGCUGGUGUUACAGUCACUACGAGAGCCCCCAGCUACUCGACCAGCCCUCUGCCACCCUGCACGGCAACAGCACGAUAACCGGGCCUUUAGGCCUUGA